UCAAACCUGAGGAUUUAUUAUUGUAAAAAGAAACACAUGCCACAAAACGUCGUCAAAACUAUUUUUCAGCUAUGAGUGAGGUGACCAGAGGCCAUCGGGGACAGAGAGAGAGGGAAAGGGAAAGAAACGGAGGAGGACAAAGAGAGAGGACCGGAGGGGGACAGAGAGACCACAGGUCGUCAUCUAGGCCUCAGUAUAGUGCCAGAGAAUCCUCUUCACAUUCCCAACGUGCGAGAAGGGUCCCUUCAGAAGAAGCACAUGAGUCGAAAUGUACACAUGUCUGUUCCAGGAGAGGAAUCGUGCUGAUAUGCACAGUGUUAACCAAUCUACUGGUGCUGUUCUGCAUCGUCGCCGCUUACGUAACGCUAUCAGGCAUGUCGGUCGCUAAUUUUGGAGGUGGGAGUUUUAUCGAUGUCAACAUCCCCUUUGAAGGGACGGAGCUUCAGCAGGUGCGUGAACUCGACAUGCAGUUCGGCCAAAUGAGAGCCCCUGGAGUCUACGGCGGCGUGGCUUUCACCCUCACCUUCGGCAUUAUCUCGCUUUUAUUCGUCGUGUCAAGCAGCAAGCCUCCAUACCUGCUUUCACCGAGGCUUCUAAUUGGCCAGUUUGCUUUCCAGCUGAUUGGAGCUGUGGCCUAUGUCGUCGCGGUGGGCUUGUAUCUUCAUUUCGUGAUCAAAGUGAACUCGACAGAUGUGUGCUUGAAGCGUGAAAGACUUUACGCACGCAACGGACAAACCUGGAUGAACUGUAACGUCAACGGGGCCGACGCAGCCGUGGCAUUGUUUGGAAUAAUAACGACUCUUCUGUAUGGUGUGGGCUCCUUUCUUACAUUUAGGACAAUCCAAAAUGUGAAACGUUACAAUGAGGAACGCGUUCGAUAUGAAGCCGAACGACCGUCAAGAUCCAGACGUGCCCAGAGUUCACCUCGCCCUCCUGAUAUUUAUAUCUGAGCUUUAUACAGAAUGGGUGGAAUGUAAAAUUGACUCGGAUGUAUACACUUUUUUACGGUUUAACAAGCAGAAAAUGAACUGAAAACUGUACUUCUAUUACUUCAAUUUUUUAUUGUCUUCAUUUUAAUAUACUGUAUAUCCAGAAUGUAAUUAACUAGUUAUGUGUAUAAAUAUCACAUUUUGUUUGUAAAUUACAUGCUUCAAAUUUUAUAUUUACUGACCCUUUAACCUUUAUAUUUACUGAUUCUUUUAGGUACUUACAGUUGUGGCCAGUAGGUGGUAGCAUAAUCUUUUAUUUUCCUCACAGGUUUCAGUGCCCAUAGUUUCCUUCAGAUAGACUUCCUUCAACUUUCCAAAAAACACCAGAAUUGGUUCCUAAACUAUUCCAAUUUUUCCUUUGGUAGAAAUAAAUGUGAAAGUUUGGUACACUUUCCAGGCUGUAUUUUCACCUUGUUCCUAAUGUUUCAGCAUUAUCCCCCUGACCCACUGUGAUUCUGACCAGAAAAUAGCGCUUACUAAUAAUGAAGGGUUUCUGUGUGAGGUUCCACAUGCCUUUGACAUUCUUUUUUAUAUAAAUCGUGUAAUGUGAGCUUUUUAGAUUAGAAACGACAUUUAAAUCUCUGAUUGUUGGUUUUAAUAAAAAUGCACUGUUGAACUACAGAACAAAAUAGACAAAUCUGUCCACAAACAGUACAGAAAUUUAAAGUACUAUUUAAAAUUCAACAUAGUAAUUUUAUAAUAUUUAGAAGUCUAAGAUUUAAAUGCUUUGUGUUUUCUUAUAGUGUUCAGAAUAUAGUAUAGGUAGAGAUUUACUGUUAUAAAGCCACUUCUAACCAUUAUGCUGUACAUUGUUGUUUGUUUAUUAGGAUUUUACCAUUAUGUUUUACACUUUGGUUACAUUCAUGACAACGGUAGUUACUCAUUACACAAGACUCAUCAGCUCACAAGGCCACAUCGAACACAGUCAUGGACAACCUAGCAUCUCCAAUUCACCUCACUUGCAUGUCUUUGGACUGUGGGAGGAAACCCAUGCAGACACGGGGAGAACAUGCAAACUCCACACAGAAAGGACCCGGACCACCCCACCUGUGGAUCGAACCCAGGAUCUUCUUGCUGUGACCAAUCUGGGUACCAUGAUGUACCAUGAGCUGUGACUUCUGUGGUAGUUUUGUUUUGUUUCAGUGCAGGGAAAUAAGGCUAUUUAAAUAUUAUAAUAAUGUACACGUACCAUCCAUGUAGCAGGUUAGAGUGCUUAACAAAAUACAAACCCCAUUUCCAGAGAAGUCGGAACACUGUUGGAAAAGUUGGAUUUGUGUAGUAAAAAGUAGAAUUUUUGAUAUGUAAAUUUUUAAAAAUUGUUUAUUAAAC